AAGGAGGCCGAAGAGCUGGAGGUGCAAGUGAAGGAGACGAGAAAGAGGGUGCUUGGCGCAGAGCAUCUAGACACGCUGACCAGCAUGGCUAACCUGGCGUCGACGUACAGGAAUCAAGGCCGAUGGAAGGAGGCCGAAGAGCUGGAGACGAGCUCGAGGGUGCUUGGCGCAGAGCAUCCAGACACGCUGACCAGCAUGGCCAACCUGGCGUCGACGUACAGGAAACAAGGCCGA